ACGGAGCGGACUAAUACGGACGGAGACGAGAGCGGGAGCCGGAGCCGGAGGGAGAGCACCGGGCUUGGCGAGAUAUAACGAAAAGACAACAUGGCGACCAUCCAUAGUGGAACGCUGGAUUUCUCCUCUCUGGUGGGUGAGGAGGAAACUUCGGGGCAGACACAGGAGAAUAAAGAGGCACACUAAUCGCAGCCCCCAGUUCCAACUUCAUAACUAUCAGGCGUCGGUGUGGGGACCCAGGUGACUUCUCUGCUUGCGGUGGAUCCGGACACGGGGGAGGCGGGCCGGCUGGAGUACUUCAUGGAGGCACUGUUCGAUAGCCACUCCAAUGAUUACUUUGAGAUCGAUUUAGAGACUGGCACGGUGAGCACCAGCCAGCCACUGGACCGGGAGACCAAGGACACCUAUGUGCUCAAAGUAACGGUAACCGACUUCGUUUCCCCCCGGAGAUGAGCCACUGCCUACCGAGUCCGAGUACCGGGAGAACAUCAGAGAGAAAAUCGAGGUGGGCUAAGAGGUGAUGACUAUCCGGGCCACUGAUGGGGACGCCCUGUCCAACGCCAACAAGCUGUACCGGCUCCUGGGGGGCACCGAGCGGGCAUCUGUGUUUGAGAUAGAUCCCGCUCUGGAAUUGUCCGCACCCGAGCGCCUGUGGAGAGGGAGGUGGUAACGGGCUGUCUGCUCAUUGUGGAGGCCAAUGACCAAGGCAAGGACACGGGUCCCAAGAGUGCCACGGCUACCGUGUAUAUCUAAGUGGAGGACUAGAACGAUAACUAUCCGCAGUUCAGUGAGAAGCGAUACGUGGUGCAGGUGCCGGAGAACAUCAGCCCCAACACCCAGAUCCAGCAGGCACAAGCCACCGACCGGGACAAGGGCAACAAUGCCAUCAUCUAUUACAGCAGCAUCUUUAUUUGGCUUAGAGCAGGGGUCCCGAACCUGGUUAUUUGUGGCCCAUAGCAGCUAUUUGCUAGUCGGCCGCCCUGAGGUGUCAGCUGUGUGUCCCAAGGAGGCGACGGUCCUGUGCGAGCAGUGCGAUGUCCUGCCGCCUGAGCUGCCACCCGCCCCGGGCACUCUCGCUAAGCAUCACCUACCGGGUGUGUCUAGGAGGCCCAGUCCCCGCAAGAUCUCCCCCCAAGGCGCGCUGGUUCUGUGGGGAGUCCUGGGUCUGCACAAGGAUGUUCCAGGCACACAGGAUAGGGUUAGGCUGUGGGAGCAGGGGAGGAUAAUGGGCCCCCUGUAGAAGGAGCCGCACAGCAGGCACUUCAGCUCUUCAUCCAGCACUUAAGAUCUUCAUCCAGCUGGGCCGCUUUCCAGCACCGUCCGAGAUUUUCCUGCUGUCAGUAGACUAUGGGAGCUAGCCAGGCAGGAGAAAUCCAGCGCCGCACUAUGGAUGGUCGCCAUGUUGCCUUUUCUGAGGAGCGGAAGUGGAGUUUCGGUGCAAAAAUUAUUUGAAUGACCAUGGCUCACUCAAAGGCCAAGGGCAAUGAUGGAAAAAUCACGUAUCCCCCAGGUGUCAAGGAAAUCUCAGACAAGAUUUCAAAAGAAGAAAUGGUUAGACGGUUGAAGAUGGUUGUGAAAACUUUCAUGGAUAUGGAUCAAGACUCUGAAGAGGAAAAGGAGCAAUAUUUGAACCUUGCUUUACACUUAGCCUCUGACUUUUUCCUUAAACAUCCCGACAAAGACGUACGAUUGCUCGUAGCCUGCUGCCUUGCUGAUAUUUUUAGAAUCUAUGCCCCAGAAGCACCAUAUACAUCGCCUGAUAAAUUGAAGGAUAUAUUUAUGUUCAUAUCAAGACAACUGAAGGGGCUUGAAGAUACAAAGAGUCCCCAGUUUAAUAGAUAUUUCUAUUUACUAGAGAAUAUCGCAUGGGUGAAAUCCUAUAAUAUAUGCUUUGAGCUAGAAGAUAGCAAUGAGAUUUUUACACAGCUAUAUAGAACAUUAUUUUCUGUGAUCAAUAAUGGACAUAAUCAGAAAGUCCAUAUGCAUAUGGUGGAUUUAAUGAGCUCUAUCGUUUGUGAAGGAGAUACUGUUUCUCAGGAGCUGCUCGAUAGUGUCCUAGUGAACUUGGUUCCUGCACACAAGAAUUUAAACAAACAAGCAUAUGACCUGGCAAAAGCUCUGCUUAAGAGAACUGCUCAAGCUAUUGAACCAUACAUUACAAACUUUUUCAACCAAGUUCUUAUGCUUGGUAAAACCUCCAUCAGCGAUUUGUCAGAACAUGUCUUCGAUCUGAUUCUGGAGCUCUACAACAUCGAUAGUCAUUUGCUUCUUUCCGUUUUACCUCAGCUGGAGUUCAAGCUCAAGAGUAACGACAAUGAAGAACGACUGCAGGUGGUUAAAUUGCUGGCAAAAAUGUUUGGUGCCAAAGAUUCGGAACUGGCUUCUCAAAACAAAACACUUUGGCAGUGCUACCUAGGAAGAUUUAAUGACAUACAUGUGCCCGUUCGUUUAGAAUGUGUGAAGUUUGCUAGCCACAGCUUGGUGAACCAUCCUGACCUUGCAAAGGAUUUAACAGAUUAUCUUAAAGUGAGAUCGCAUGACCCUGAAGAAGCCAUUAGGCAUGAUGUGAUUGUGUCUAUAGUUACUGCUGCUAAGAAAGAUCUUCUCCUGGUCAAUGACCAACUACUGAAUUUUGUUCGGGAAAGAACUUUGGACAAAAGGUGGAGAGUACGAAAAGAAGCAAUGAUGGGGCUUGCUCAGAUCUACAAAAAGUAUUCCCUGCAAGCUGAAGCUGGAAAAGAAUCUGCAAAGCAGAUUUCAUGGAUUAAAGAUAAGCUGCUGCACAUAUAUUACCAGAACAGUAUUGAUGAUCGGUUACUUGUGGAAAGGAUUUUUGCUCAGUACAUGGUUCCUCACAAUUUAGAAACUACAGAGAGAAUGAAAUGCUUGUACUACCUGUAUGCAACAUUGGAUACAAAUGCUGUGAAAGCUCUGAAUGAAAUGUGGAAAUGUCAAAACAUGUUGCGGCAUCAUGUUAAGGAUUUGCUGGACUUGAUCAAAAAGCCAAAGACAGAAGCUGGCAGCAAAGCAAUAUUUUCAAAAGUGAUGGUUAUUACAAGAAACUUGCCAGACCCUGGCAAAGGUCAAGAUUUUUUAAAGAAAUUUACUCAAGUAUUAGAAGAUGAUGAGAAAAUCAGAGGACAGUUGGAGAAACUUGUCAGUCCUACGUGUUCCUGCAAGCAGGCUGAAGUCUGCGUGCGUGAUAUUACCAAAAAACUGGGCAACCCAAAGCAACCGACCAACCCAUUUUUAGAAAUGAUUAAGUUUCUUUUAGAGAGGAUAGCGCCUGUACACAUUGAUACAGAGUCAAUCAGUGCUCUGAUAAAGCUGGUUAACAAGUCAAUUGAUGGGACAGCAGAUGAUGAAGAUGAAGGUGUGACCACGGAUCAAGCAAUUCGAGCUGGCCUUGAAUUGCUGAAGGUUCUUUCUUUCACCCAUCCAAUUUCAUUUCAUUCAGCCGAAACGUUUGAAUCUCUCUUAGCCUGUUUAAAAAUGGAUGAUGAAAAAGUAGCCGAGGCAGCACUACAAAUUUUCAAAAACACGGGGAGCAAAAUUGAAGAGGAUUUCCCUCAUAUCAGAUCUGCAUUGCUUCCAGUCUUGCAGCAGAAGGCUAAAAAGGGACCUCCCCGUCAAGCCAAGUAUUCCAUUCACUGCAUACAAGCAAUAUUUUCCAGCAAGGAGACACAGUUUGCACAGAUAUUUGAGCCCUUACAUAAAAGCUUGGACCCUGGCAACCCUGAGCAACUCAUCACAUCACUCGUCUCCAUUGGCCACAUAGCACAGCUUGCUCCAGAUCAGUUCACUGCUCCUUUAAAAUCCAUGGUUGCCACCUUUGUGGUUAAAGAUUUGUUGAUGACAGAUCGGCUUCCAGGUAAAAAGACAACAAAACUCUGGGUGUCAGAUGAUGAGGUGUCGACAGAAACUAAGGUUAAAAUUCAAGCAAUUAAAAUGAUGGUGCGGUGGCUGCUGGGAAUGAAAAAUAAUCUCAGUAAAUCCGGGAAUUCUACCUUACGACUCCUAAUGGCAAUAUUGCACACUGACGGAGACUUGACAGAACAUGGAAAGCUCAGUAAACCAGACAUGUCACGGCUGAGACUGGCUGCUGCCAGUGCCAUUGUUAAACUAGCGCAGGAGCCAUGUUACCAUGAAAUUAUUACCUUAGAACAGUAUCAGCUAUGUGCAUUGGUCAUCAAUGAUGAGUGUUACCAGGUUAGACAGUUGUUUGCUCAAAAAAUUCACAAAGGGCUCUCCAGAUUAAGACUUCCAUUAGAAUAUAUGGCCAUCUGUGCUCUGUGUGCAAAAGAUCCUGUGAAAGAGAGGCGCGCUCACGCACGGCAGUGUCUGGUGAAAAAUAUUAAUGUCAGAAGAGAGUAUCUGAAACAGCAUGCAGCUGUGAGUGAAAAAUUGUUCUCUCUUCUGCCUGAAUAUGUGGUUCCAUAUACUGUUCAUUUGCUUGCACAUGACCCAGAUUAUGUGAAAGUACAAGAUAUAGAGCAGCUAAAGGACAUCAAAGAGUGCCUGUGGUUCGUGCUGGAGAUUCUUAUGUCAAAGAAUGAAAAUAACAGCCAUGCUUUUAUUCGGAAAAUGGUAGAAUAUAUUAAGCAAACAAAAGAUGGCCAAAACCCCGAUGACCAGAAGAUGAAUGAAAAAAUGUACACAGUGUGUGAUGUGGCAAUGAAUAUAAUUAUUUCAAAGAGCACAACAUACAGCUUAGAGUCCCCGAAGGAUCCUGUAUUGCCUGCACGUUUCUUCACUCAGCCAGAUAAGAAUUUCAGCAACACAAAAAAUUAUCUUCCCGCUGAAUUGAAGUCCUUCUUUACACCAGGAAAGCCAAAAUCUACUAAUGUUCUGGGUGCAGUCAAUAAACCCUUAUCGAGCGCAGGAAAGCAAAUGCUAUCCAAGUCAUCUAGGAUGGAGACUGUAAGCAAUGCAAGCAGCGGUUCUAACCCAAGCUCUCCAGGCAAGAUAAAAGGAAGACUUGACAGUAUGGAAUUGGAUCAAAGUGAAAAUGAAGACUAUACGAUGUCUUCUCCUCUUUCUGGGAAAAAAAGUGACAAAAGGGACGACUCGGAUCUCUUGAAGUCUGAGUUAGAAAAGCCAAGGCGAGGGAAAAAGCAAUCUCUUAUAGACCAAGAUGACAGUUUAAGCAUGGAUGAAUUAUCAAAACCAGCACAGGAACCAAAAUCAAGGACUGGUCAGCGUGGAAGAAAGCGAGCUGCAGCAGCUUCUGAUUCGGAGGAACAAACGUGGCAGGAAAAGAGGCUAAAAGAAGACUUGUUGGAAAAUGAAGAUGAACAAAAUAGCCCACCAAAAAAGGGAAGAAGAGGAAGACCACCUAAGUCGGCCAAAAUGGCCAUAUCAAAAGAGGAGCCAACAGUCACAACUCCAAAAAGGGGAAGGAAGAAGGCAGUACCUGUUGAAAGUCCUCCAACCGAUGAAGAUGAUCAUCUAGAAAUAAGUGAAGAGCAAGAUUUUGAAAAUAUAGAUCAGAAGCGGAAAGGCAGGGGCUCAUCAAGGAGGACCCCUCAAAAGUCCGAUUCAACGGAUUCUCUUCUUGACACCAGUCGGCCCACACCACAGAAGAGGAGAGGAAGGCCACCCAAAACUCCCACAGUGCAGCAAAAGAAAAGCCAUGUUGGACGUCCAAGAAAGGUAGUAAGUAAAGAACCUGAAUCUGAAGAAGAAAUGGAAAUGUCCCAGAAUAGCCCAGCUCUUAGUGAACACCUUUCUAAUGAAGAUGAAUCUGCAGAGGAAGUAGUAGUGGCUCCUAGUACUGGAAGACUCAGAUCUGCAAAAAAACGAUGAAGUUGGACAAAGCAGACGACUGACAGUGAAGCGAAGUAGAAGGGCCACUGCUAUAGGAGGCAGCGUGAGGCUGCUUGUACAUAGGAGACGAAUGACAACGCGCUUAAACAAUACAUUUCCUAUCCCUUCAUUUGCAGCCACAAUCGUUUGUCAUUAGCUGUGGGUACUUUUUCGUGAUUUGUAUUGUGUGCUGGACAUGUAGACAUGAACGUGUAAAUAUCAAUAUUUUUUUUUUCAGAAAGUGCUUGUAUAGCUUUUGUUUUGCAGCUUUAAACUGACUUUUUACCUGAACGGACAUCAGAUUUUUUUCCAUACGAUGGACACAUGAAAGGUAUGAAAAAGAUUCAUAUGGAAUUGAAGCAAUAUUUGCCGUUUUACCCCCCCCCCCCUCUCGUCGCUUUUUACUGUGAAAAAAAAUAUCUUGCCAUUGUUUUAAUGCAAAGCUAAAUGGUCUUUUUACCUUCGACUCUUUUUGUCUCUGGGCACCUCUUUCCACCUCGGCGCUCCUUUGACUUCAAGAACAGAUUCUCCUUAGGAUAACGCCAUACACAGCUGAAUUGAUUGUGCGUAUCCAAUUGUUGUCAUUCUCCAACUCAGUAUUGCUGCCAGGCUGACUGUAUUAUGGCACUGCAUAUUAUAAGAAGAGGUUUUAAAAUAUUUUAAUUUUUUUUUAAUGUGUUGGCUAUAUUAAAUAAUGUAUGAAAGACCCUA